CAAAGCGCCAUGAGGCUUCGAGAAUACCUGCGUUGCUUUCCGUUAACCUGGAUUUUUGCGGUUGUAAUAAUUUAUUUCACUUGGAGCAAAUACUGCGCGGGUGAGAUUAGGUUUCCGGCAUCAAAAUUAUCUUGGAAGACACGAAAUGGGACCGUAAAUAAGCAAAAAGAACCUUUGGACAGAAAAGAAGGCCACAUAUGGUUCUUAGAAACAACCUAUCAACACAAGCUCAGCGCAAGACAAGCCUGUAGCAUUGAAUCUGCUUGCCGCCACAACGACGACUUCAUCGUACAUCUCCUAUCUACCGGAAACAUAAGUUCAUCUGAAUGCGCAUACCAUCGCCUCAUUUCAAAAUUUCCGAACUUCCACUCCUCGGAACUGAAUGCAAGCGUAGAGCUCGCAGAAACUCCAUUGGCACCAUUGCAUGCGAAAGGGGGAGCGCUACAUCGAAGCCCUCAUGCCGUCUCGCAUCUAAGUGAUUUUCUUCGAUAUUCCGUGCUUUGGAAGCGCGGAGGCGUGUACUUGGACACUGACGUGCUUGUACUCAAGUCACUGAAAGGAAUGAGGAAUAGUGCAUUCUACGAGUCCAACGUCACUGUGGCUAGCAGCGUACUAAUUUUCGAAAAGCACCAUCCCGUCCUCAAAAUACUUACUGAUAAGUGUGCACGUGCAUACGAUCCUAAUGACUGGAUCACAUGUGGUCCUCGGAUAAUGUCACUGCUUCCUUCAGACGCGGAAUUUUUUAACUACCACGUCAGAAUCUUUAAGGAAUCGCUGUUUUUUGCAGUUCCAUGGCACAAAUGGGAAUAUUUUUUUAAUUCUAAAAUGGCGCCAGAGGUACUGAGAAUGGUAAACAGAAGCUAUGGUGUCCACUUUUGGAACAAUUUUAGUAAAAAUAGACGAAUUGUGCAUGGAUCUCGCUCUGCAAUGGACGUCCUCGCUCGCCGCCACUGCCCCGAAGUGUAUAGACUGGCAUCCUCGGAUGGCUACCUCUAAAAACAGUGUUGCGCAAUCGCAAUGCAGCUGC